AUUGGAGGGAUAAUUUAUAUUGAUUAGAUGUUUCAUUUAUUUAUUUAUUAUAUGAUCAUGCAUUUGCAGCGGAUUGAGAUGAGCAUUUAUAUAUAGAAUGUGCAUAAUGGCUUAAUAAUGAUCUCUGGUUUUGCUAAAUCAGCCCCAGACGUAGCUGAUCCCUUGUAUUGCAAGUUGCUUAUAGUUGUUUUUUUAAUGCUGGCAUAAUCCAACCUGCUUGUCUUGAAUUUAUAAUUUCUUUUUCCUAAAACUUGAUUAAUUUAUAAUUUCUUUUGCCUAAAACUUGAUUAUGACGUAUGCUUGAUGAUCCCCCCAUGGAUACCAAAAACUUCUGUUAUCCGCUCUUUAUGUUUGUGCCUUCCAUUCAAAUUCAGAAUGGAAAUGACAUUUGUUUUUGCUUAUUUGAUGUGAACUGCCUUCGUUGAUUAUUCUGUCAUAUGCAAAAUCAAAGCUUCUUUUAACAUUAAAUUCUUUUCUUUCCUUUUUUUUCACCUUGUUUAUUUCUGCACAUUCUUGCACUAUACAUUUUGGAAUUCGAGCAUCAGUUCAUCAUGCACCAACAAUUUGUUUAGAAACAUUUCAUUAGAGAGCAAAUUGGUGAGCUAAUUAAGGAUGUAAAAAGGGAGCAGAUUGCUAGUGAGCAAAUAAGAAAGCAAAAAGGGCCUCUAAAUUAAAGGGUGUUAUGGAUUACUAAAUCAUCUACCCACUAUAAAGAGAAGGAUGUGGCUCCGAAGUCAUUGUAAGGGUAGAAGCUAGGUCCCUUCUGAGGGAGGGUGUCCAUGGUUUCAGGUAAGUGAGGGGAUUUGUUUCCUGAAAUUGUUAUUCUCUUAUUCCUGUUAUUUGGAUCUCCGUUAAGCUUGUAUUUCUUUCUUAGUUAACAGUAAAGCUUCUUUACCACAUUUCUAUUGAGUUGUUGGUUAUUCUGUUUACUGUCAAAUAAAGACAUGAAAGGAAUGAAGGAAAGCUUCUUUACUGUUUACUGUUAAUUGAGCUGCAACUUUAAUUUAUAGCCAGUAGGUGAUCUAGUCAUCCUUAUCACCCCCUUAAUUGGUAUGAUUGUUGGCACUUCUUGCUUCCUAACAAUGUGCUCCCUUCUUCCCUCUACUCCGUAACAAUUUCCCUUCUUAUCUCUUUAUUUGACUCCCUGCUUUCCUCCCUAAAACAGUUUCACCAUCCUCAAAUAUUCAGCCCAAGUCCCAAUUGUCCCUCUUUUCUAUUGUUUUCUGUUCUGUUGUGUUCAUUCUUCCUUUGCCCCCCUCCCCAAAAGAAAAGGAAAAAAAAGAAAGAGAGGAAAGAGCUUAAAAAAUAAGCUUCCAAUCUAAAAGGGAAAUAGGGAAUCGAUAGUAAAUGUAAAAAGAUAAAUUAAUUUUUCUCCUUUAUGCAGGGAACUUCUGGAAGAAUAAACUAGAAUGUAAUAAGUUCAUGUCUUUGCAUUUCUGGAUUUUUAGUUUCAUAUACUGAAUAAAUUAAUUCUAGAUAAAUUAAUUUUGACUUCUUUUUAUUCAAGGAUUUGUGGAAGAAUAAACUAGAAUUUAAUAUGUUCAUGUCUUUAUAUUUCUAGAUUCUUAGUUUCAUGUACUGAAUAAUUUAAUUUUACUGAUGCAUUUAGAGGCUGACGUUUACUAGGUGAUAAUUGUGUUUAUAUGCCAAUCAUUGCUGGCAUUGCUGACAAAAUUUGAAGUUAUAAUAAUUUAUACUUGUGUAUUUCCGUGUAAACUCUGUAAUGGAAUAUAGACACCAACCACUUGGUUCGCCUCCAUUAUAGAAAGGUGUCUGGUUUGGUUUGCUUUAUAAGUCAGCCAAACCUGCUCUUAAGUAGAAAGUCAUGAGUAGAGAACAUUCAAUUUGGCUUAUAAGUUAAAAAAUUACUUUAAGUGUAGGAUUAUCUAUUUAUUUUAAAAUUACUCCUUGACCAAUUAAAGGACUAUAUUAUCAGAAUGACUUUUAAAAUUGUUAAAACUACCAUCAUUUUAACAAAUCCUUCAACUUCCUAUGUGAUUAAUGUACCCUUUUUUUUGUUAUUGUGAUGAAUGAAGUUAUUUUUAUGUGGCCAUCAACCAAAUACUCGAACUAUUUAACAGUAAUUUUUAAAGUAAUUUUGCCAAAUAUUUAUCAAUUUAUUUUUAAAUUAACUUAUAAGUCAGAUUUAAAAAGUAGGUAGUCAAACCAAACACCAUCUGAUUGUCCAUGUUACCCUUAAUAGAUACCUGGCAUCAAGGUUGGGUGAUAAGCUGAUAUACAAGGUAGAAGCCUGUCACAAAAGUGUUGAUCUUCAUAUUAAUAGAACUUGACAAGAGUUAACUUCUUUCAGUUACUUGAAAUUUGUUUUGGCACUUUAUAAGCUAAUAUAUGUGCAUGUCCAUAUCUGCUCGUCAGUGUUCUUUUUUUUUUUUUUUUACUUGUUCUCCCUUUCCUUUUCUUUUUCCCCUCAAUAUCUGGGCCUCAGUAAGAAAUGAUUCAGAAUUGUUUUUAGAAUUAGUUUUUGAUAUUAUUACAUUACAUGUUCCCAUGGUUUUCGCUUUAAUUUUUGUUAUUCAAGUCUCAAGAUAGAAUUUCAACAUCAAUAAUGAUUUUUAUCAAUACUUCAGUUUUCCUGUUAUGACAGUCUUUAUCAUCAGUCGUUAUUUUUAGUAGUUAUGCUUCCCUUCAACUACAUAUAAGGAAUUAAAUAUUCAAUCAGACCUUACACUCAUUUGUUCUAUCAACUAAAUAUCUGAGAUUAGGUAUGUUCUUAUUAUUAGUUGGGUUCACUUUGAAAUAAUAUUGACUGAUUUCGCUGGAGUGUGAACACUCCAAAAUUAAAGAGCUUGUUCGUUCAUGAGAUUUCUACAAACCCAGGUUGAGGUGUACUUGUUUCUUUGAGUUGCUAAGACUUUCCCACUCCCACAUUAUACUGCCCUUGCUUUGCCGAGCUGAUAUACGCAACACCAAGGUUUGAGGUGUCUCAUUUUUUUGAUUCUCACUCCUAGAUUUUUAUGAUAUUGUUAAAUAUCUGGGAUUUUGAACAACACAACCAGUAUUAUAUCCCUUAUGUAUCUCCCGGGUCCUGUUGCUGCUACUUCUCAAUUUUUGAAGCUGAGGAUGGGGAUGUUGUAUUUUGUUGGCAUCAAAAUUUUAGAGAUUGGAUUCCUCUACUUGAGAUAUGCUGCUGAUCCAAAGACUUUAUGGAAUUGGUUUGAGCCAUACAUCAAAGAUGACGAGGAAUUCUCUCCGGGUUCUAACGGACGAAAGGCUACAAUGGGUGUAUAUGUGCGUGAUUUGCUCCUUGGACAGUACUACUUUGAUACCCUUUUCCCCCGCAUUCCUGUUCCUGUUAUGCGGCAGAUUGGGUCAAAUCUUGAGAAAAUGAAGCUUCCCACAAAACCUUCUGGUUCAACUGGGGAUUCGGUACGACAUGGAUCUGAUGACACUGCACGCCGACCACCAUCUGUGAAGGCUGCACUUUCAGUGUCUUUUGGUCAGCGUGCUCCUCAUCGUGCAUCGACUAGGGACUCCUCACCUGUUCGCCGUACGCUACCACCACCCUCUUAUGAUAGAGGGAGUGAUGAUCCAAGAAGAUCUCCCAGCAACCGUCGCAGCCAAAGUCAUGAAUAUUCUGAUAAAGAAUAUUCAGAGAGAGAUAGGGAUCGGGACCAGGACCGAGACCGAGAUGGGCGUGACAGAGACGGGGGUCGAGACAGAGAUCGGGACAGAGAAAGAGACAGGGAUAGAGACCGAAGGUAUGAUUAUGACCGGAGAUACAGGUAUUCUGAGAGAGAAAGCAGAAGGGACUAUGAAAGGAGCAGCCGUGAUGGAAGCAGACACUAUAGAGAAAGUACUCGGAGAAGUCAUAGUCGGAGUCGCAGCAGAAGCAGGAGCAGAAGUCGUAGUAUGCAAGCUGCUGCUUCACCAUUUGAUCGUCAUUCUAGUCCACCUAGGGAUGGAAACAAGGAUAGGACAUCUGCAUCUAGCAAUCUGGCAAAGCUCAAGGAUAUGUAUGGUGAUGCAAGUGAUCAGAAAGGGGAUGCUGGCCUGGAAAGGGUUCCUCGAAGGGAUAAUGGUGGUGAAGAGGUGAUUCGGCUUGGUGGAUCUACUUGGAAGUAGUUGAAAGAUAAGUCAUAUGUAUCAUUUGGGUAUUCAGACAAGGCUAACUUAUUUGAUCAAAUGAACGAACAAUUACCUUGAUGAGCUUUUUAUUCUCUGUAGGCAUAGAUAGUAAGUUACAAUUGAUGGAUGAUAUUUCAUACACCGGCCCAUGUAAUGUGAUGAGUCAGGGGGAUGUAUGUAUGUUAGGUUCCUCCUCACUUUGCAAUUGUUACAUUCUGUUUUUAAUGCUUCAUGGUAGCUCAAUUGUUUAGACUACUUUGGACA